CGAGAGCACCAGACCGGCGACGUGAUUGCGUAGAGCAGCGGUACUGUGAUUAGGGCGUGUGCUUUUCAGAAAAAAAUCUUGUCAUUGAUCGACGCACUCGCAUUGAAAGCCGCAAUGAUGCUGCUGGCGACAGUGACCGCAUUCCUGGCAGCCGUUGCUAUGGCCACUGGAAGCUAUGGACCACAACGUAGGAUGACAGGUCGGCGCGUGCGCAGGACCGUGGAUGCCCUGUGCGGAAACGAGAAGUUCGUGAACGCCGUGGUGCGCACCAUGAUGGACGAGCUCCGCCCCGUGCUCACUUCCACCGAGCCGCUGGUGCUGGGCGACGGGCCCGAGUGCAGAGGCGUGCGGCUGCUGCGGGGUCGCCUGUGGGGAGCCGCCUCGGUGCACAUGCGUGAACCCAUGCUGCUGCGCUGCGACCCCGUCCGCAUGGCCAUCGAUGUGCACGUGGCACUGAACAACAGCGAGGAUCGCCUUCGACUGGGAGGCCUCUCCCAACACCUUGCUAGGCUCUGAAGGCACGGUGUCGGUGUUCGCGCGGCACAUGUCGCUAAAGACGUCGGUGCUGCUGCCUCGCAACAGAGCGGUCCGCGCCGCCGUGUCCCCCAUCCGCGUGUUAGCGGUGCGCGUGACCGAGCUGGUUGGUGCUGACGUCACGGUGAGCGGACCAUGGCCGUACGCGGCGCUCAUGUCGGCAGCGGCAAACCUGCUCCUCAAGAGCUUUCCGCUCCAAGCGAGGGCGCUGAUGUCGGAUCCCCUGCGGAACGGAUUCCAGCUCUACCUGGACGAGAACUUCGCCUGAUCCUGGGCCAUACAAAUUAACACUGCGACGCAUGGAAGAAAGAUAUAAACUAGGAGAGGGCAUCGUAAAAGAAGGUAACGUGUUGCGAACGCGGACAGAAGAGCAGAGAACAUGACACAUAUGCCAGAUAUGGAAAAAUUCCUCCUAAAACGUAAUUAAAUUGUAUUGCUAAUGCCUUUUAUAAUACUUUCUAAAAUGUAAUUGAACUACGCUACAAAUUGCAGCUGGCUGAAAGUAAUGGCCUUGCAUUACUAUUACUUUUUUAAAGUGGUGAAAUAACUGAAAUUAUGGCUUAGAAAUGCGCUUUUGGUAGGGUAACGCUACAAAGACAACGCUACAAAGAACAACACCUUUUGACUGGCACAGCAUAGCCUCAGGCUGCUUUUGUACCAUAAAAACAGAAUUAACGUACGAAGAACAUAGAGGACACAGUUUAACAGGACGAGCGCAAACUUCGACUGGUUUAUCGUUCAUGCGUAGUCGACAUAAAUAUGCACAUUUCUAAGCCAUCAUGAACCAACUAGCCCAUUCAUCGCAUAACUGAAAUUAUUUUAAAAAAUGUUCUUCAUUCAUGCACUAACUCAUGUGCACAUCAUUUACAGCACAUGUACAUUGAAAUCUCAAAUAUAUUUGUUCAAUUCCCUUGCUGGAAGUCUGACACUCUGGUUAACUUCUAUUUUUCUUUCCUUUCUUGGUAAAUUUUUUACGCCGUAAGGAAGUGGAUGCGCUAUAUUUUGGUAAAAAUUAAUUUGGCAAGUAACGAUUUUCUUGAAGUUGAUCGCUUGAAGCAAAUCAUUGCAUUGCUAAAUUACCAACUCACAAAAGUAAUUCACUACAUUACUCAUCAAAAAGUAAUUUAAUUACUCUAAUUUCAUUACUGCCAAGUCUCAACUUUUUUAGCUGCGGCCACUUCUACGCAGAGCAGACGGACCGCUGUGUUUCAGAGACUGGUGAAGCGUAAGGGAUCUUUAACCGGAGGCCUACCAUCUAUUAUCUACCUUUACAUUGUCGAGCGUGUAAAUUCAUUCUGAAGUUCCAUGAAUGCGCAGUGUUAUACAAGCGCAAGAAUGAAGAAGUGCGUCUAAUGGUUGAGGCCAGGCAUAUUGAUAGCAGUCGAAGACUAUGAGUGACACAGUACUUUAACUUACAUAAAGAAGACAUGAAAUACUUGUCCUGUUAUCCCUCACGUAGUCUUCCACGUGUGCCAGAUUGGCGGGCUGGCGUUACCAUACCUUGCGCAUGCGCAGAUGAGCUCCUGUGUCUUUUUUUUUUUUUGUCGCUGCAGUGCACCCACUGAUUGACAGUCGGCGUUUGUGUUGUCUUGUUCUCUUCUCUCGUGUCCGUGUUAGCACGCCUCACCUUCUACUUGCCAACUAUAGCUCAGCUUUGUGUCCAUCAUAGGAGAGGACAUUGCGUCACGCAGCCAGCCUUGGCAAGUGAGCUUUCCGUGAAGCCUUUUUCCUCACUAUAGGGUAGCUGUUUGGGCCUGUUGGUUUGGCAUGAUACAGGGUGACGGCGCAAAAGACGAAGACAGAGAAGGUCUUCGCUGUCUUUUGCGCUGUCACCCUGUAUCGCGCCCUUCUCCUCGCCAUGCUCUCUCCUAAUUGUUCCUUCAUUGCACACCCCGUGAGGUUGGUGCACUGGGUCCCGCCCUGUGCAAUUCUUAUCAAAGUCAUUGUAUAAUAAAGU